AUGCCGAGCAAUACUCCUUUACCGUCGUCUUUCGAUGGCGAUACUGAUUUCUAUGAAGAAAAUCGCUGGCAGAAAUUAACGCGUCGGUUGAAAGAAGAACCUCUCAUUCCCCUAGGUAAAUCCACCCACACACUCACACUUUCCCCUUCCCCUCCCUCACUUCACCAUCCAUCCACCCAAAAGCUCACCCACCCACUCACCCACCCACCAGGCUGUAUCCUCACCACCCUCGCCCUAGUCGGCGCAACCCGCUCCAUCCGCGCCGGCGACCACAACCGCACGCAACGCAUGUUCCGUGCACGUAUCUACGCACAAGGAUUCACACUGUUAGCCAUGGUAGCAGGAUCCAUGUACUGGGACUCGGAUCGCAAGAAGCGCAAGGAAUUUGAAGGGGUAUUAGCGGAACAGAAAGCGAAAGAGAAGAAUGAGGCGUGGAUUAAAGAGUUAGAGGCGAGAGAUGAGGAGGAGAAGGAAAUGAGGAGGAUGAGGGAUGAGAGGAGGAGGAGGGCGGAGGGAAAAUCGGCUGCUUCGGGUUUGGUGGUGGAUGCUGCGAAUGCGGGUGCGGAGGAGGGGGAAAAGACGAAGAAUGGAAUCGUGGAUCAGAUGAAGGGUAUGGUGUGGGGGAAGAAGUGA